CGGGAACCCCGCCCUCCCAGGCAGAAGCAAUCGCCGGCCGAGCUCGCGGAUAGGCGCGCGCGGGCCGUUUGAAGGCUCGGCCAUGGAGCCGCCGCAGCGGGAGCCGGGCGUGGCGGCGGCGGGCGCCGAGGAGGGGCCGGUGGCCAAGCUGGACGUCCUGAUGCUGCUCCGCCUGAGGGAACAGAUGAAGCAGCAGCUCAUGGAGUGUAGCACCACGGUUCAUGCUAGUGAAGAAAGUUAUCCUGACCAUGUCGUAGAAGAAAAGCUAAUCAAGACUACCAUAGAAGAUUUGGAAAGAGAGAUGGAGGAAGUAAAAGUCUCUUUCCAAAACAAGACAUUGGUGUUGCACAGGAUCCAGCUUAUGGAUGCCCUGAGAAACAAAGUGAAACAAAAUGAUGAUGACUCACGACUGAUCUUGGAAACUAUGAAACACAUAAUAAUGCUCAGCACAGCAAUACUUGAAUCUCAGCAGCAAGCACGUGAGAUGGAAGAGAAACUGAAUGACAUCAAAAGGAAAAGACUCUUACUAAAACAAGCUGGAGGAAACAAACUACUACAAAUUCAUACCACAAUGAAGAAACAAAAGAAGGAACUAGCAAGUAUGGAAGUGGGUGAAAUGCUGGAGAAGAUACGUAACAACUUUCAAAAAGAAAAAGAGAUGACUACAUUAAUUCAAAAUAUAUUCCAGAAUAUCAUAAUUGGAAGCAGAGUUAACUGGGCAGAAGAUCCAUCUUUAAAGGCAGUUGUUCUACAGCUUGAAAAAAAUGUGUCUUUUCUCUGAGUAAGGAGAAAUGGUGUUAAAUUUUAUACAUUAUAUGUAACCAACAUACUAAAUUUGAUACUGCCUAACACGUGUUAUGAAAACACAUUUUAAGAUUUUGAAAAUACAACCUUUUCUGGAAGUGCUUCCUCUCUUUAGAGCUUCAGAAUGUGGCCACACAACUCUUUGAAGUGAAAUUUAACUGUUGGUAUAUAACAAAUGUUAGAACACUUAAUGUAGCUGAUGAAACUAGUUGAAGAAUCACCUCCUGGCUGCUCUAUCCAAGAGCUCACUUCCCUCUGAAAUGCAGCGAUGACCCAGUAAAGAAGAAUAAUCUAUGUAUUACAAGCUUUUAUGUAGAAGUGGGCUUGAACCAAGGCUGUACCGUUUAUCCGCUGCCCAGCUCCCGCACCCACGUGGGAGAAGCACCUCGCAGAGCUCUUCCUUUCUGGCCAGGAGGCCCGGGGGAGAAGGCCGUAGAGCUGAGGCAGGCAGCAUCGCCCAGCUCAGCCCCACCGAAUGCUCGAAUGGGAAAACUUAAGUUACGUCAGUAUCUGUUUGGGACUUUUUUUUUUUUCUUAAAGCAUUAUGAAUAAUUUUUAACUCAGAAGUUUAUACGCUUAGCUGCAACCCUCGCUUGUGACCAUACUAUAUGAUGGUCAUCAAGACAUCCAGGAAGAGAUACAAACUGUCUUUCCUGUCCCACAUGGCAAAAUACGUCAAGCCUAGAGAAAACGUACGUAAAAUGGAAGAUGGCGCUUAUUGCUGUUAAAAUUAAGCAACUGAGCAAUAUUUUAAAUGUAUUUAUACGUCGACAUUCCAAUUUUUACUUCAUGGUAGAAGAAAAUUGACAGGGUAAAUCAUAUUUUGUGUAAUGUUUUGGAUUAAAAUAUUGUUACUUUU